AUGGAGACUGUGAAAAAAAAAUCAGUUCCUGAAAUAACGUUAGAUCAGUGUUUUAAAGAAAUAAUUGAAGGCAAACCAUUGUCUCUUGAAAUUGCGACCCUUAACAAUAUUUUAAACAAAGGUCUGGGGAUAAAUUUAAAUUAUUUAAAACCUAGAGUCAAAUAUAUUCUUCCGUACAUGCUAGUGCAUUUCAUAACAUCAUGGCCUGGUUGGAAAAAGAUAGUCCAUUAUCAAAAGAAAGAAAUAACAUUUGAGAAUUGGUUUAAACGAUUUAAAGAAUACCUUAUAUUUAAAAUGAAUUUUAUGAUAAAAAAUGAUUAUGAUAAAGCAUUAGCUCUGUUAAAACAUAACUCUGUCGAAUUUGAAGAGAAUGUAGUGGAAAAAACUGAUACCAGUACUCAGACUAACCCAAACAUUGAAAAAGUUACUGCUCCUUUUAGCAUUGAGAUUUUUGGACCACCGAAAGUGCUUAAUUCUUUAGUAUUUUGUGAGGGGCCUAAUGAUUCAGUAAUAGUCAGAGAAUAUAAGGUAAACACUCUUUGGGACACUCCCUUGAAUGUAAGACAAAUGAUCAACUGGCCCUGUAUUGAAGUGGAAUUUAAGUCAAACCAUCUUCAUUUUAAAAGGACCAAUCAGCACGAGUUUAAAAGAUGCUUAACUUUUAGUUCAGAAAAAAUUUUCUACAAAAAAAGUGAUAACUGUAUUGAAGAUAUUAGCAUAAUUAAAGAUGGUGCUCCAAGAACAGCUUAUACGUUAAAUUCCAUUAAGGAAUAUUGCAAUAGUUACAUUACUUUUUUAAGAAGUCUGCAGGCACCUAAUGAAGACAUUCAAAAAGAAUUAGAAAUGGUAUUGGAAAAUUUCAUUUUGGAUAUAGUUGAUAUUAAAAAAAAUAGUAUGGCAACUAAUACUAGUGUAUUUUUUAAUAUUGGAAAUGCAAUUUAUGCUAGGAACAAAAGUAUAAAAACCAGCAACCAGGCUAUUUGUUUUGGAGAAUGUUUAACACCUAAAUUAAAUCUCUCAUUAUACUCUUUUAUUGGUAUAAAGGACCAAAAAAUAGUCCCAUUUGAUGUUUCUGAACCUGUUAACUUAUUUCCCACUAUUACCUACUGGUGCACUUUCUGCAAAAAACAGUACUUAAAAUGUUCAGAAUUAUGGAACCAUCUACAAAACACUCACGUAAUGGAGCAGCCAGUGCUAUGUUUUAAGUGCAAACUUCAGUUUAAAAUUGUAAAUUUAAGUGAUCACCGUUGGUUUCAUGAAUGCCUACCCAGAAAACAACAUCUAGAAACAUGUACUAGUGAAUUUUGUUUGUGUUCUCCAUAA